CGUAGCCGAGUUGACUUCAGUUGCGUUAGAAUACUCGCAGAAUCUUGUUUGUUACAGUCUAGUGAAUGAAACGUCCUUUAAUUUAAUUCCAUUGUGUGCAAAAACGUUUAAUUUGUUGUGUUUGUUGUAAUAUACUGUGAGAUACAUCCAAAUGGUGGUGUUAGACGGCAACACUAUGUUAACCCCCUCUGGAAAUCAGUACUUGCAACCCGAUUAUCUAUCACCUUUGCCGACUACGUUGGACGCGAAGAAAAGCCCGUUAGCGCUACUAGCUCAAACUUGCAGCCAGAUCGGUGCAGAUUCACCAUCCACCAAACCACUAUUAUCAGCGCUAGAGAAACCUAAAAAGUCAGCUAGCAAUGAAAAUGUUACACGCUCUUCACCCGCCCACGUGAAGGACAAAGUGGAAAAAUCAGCUCCACGUAACAGCCCUAGUGAAACAAAGCUCGCAUUCAAGCCCUACGAAAAUAAUGUGUUAACAAAGAAAUGCGACGACGGCCGCCCUGCAUCUAAAAGUGGCAGUGUAAAUGGCUUAGAUGCCGAAGAUAAAAAGGAAUGUAGAACGCCAAGUAGAAAAUCAGCUUCUCCCACAAAUAGUAAUCAUAGUGCGACACCAGCUCCAGAAGCCGGAAAAGUUUCCCCCAGUGACAGUAAAUCCGCAUCACCAUCGGCGCGUGGUGCCAGUCCGAUUAUUCGUUCCGGAUUGGAAAUUUUACAGGGCCAUCCCAAAGAUGUGCCCCUUGGAACGUAUAAACCUGGUAGCCUAUCGAGUUUAGGUGCCGGAUUGGGAGGUCCCUUAAAUUCCCUGUGCUGUCCACCUGGAUUAGAACACACUAACCCCGCAUUCCGACCACCGUUUCCCGGAGGACCGUUUUCACAUCACGCGGCGAUGCUAGCCGCCGGUUAUCCGAGUGCAACUCCCGGUCCGUAUUUAAGUUACGCGCGUGUUAAAACUCCGUCGGGAGGUGAAGCAUUAGUGCCGGUGUGUAAAGAUCCCUACUGUACUGGAUGUCAGUUUAGUGUACACAAUCAGCAAUUACUAAUGGCAGGUGCCACCGGCCCCUGUCCAAGUGGCUGCACCCAGUGUGACCACCAAAAGUACAACUUAGCAAUGGCCGCCAUGUCCUUAGUUCCUCCAGGUCCGGUGCCGCCUUCUUCAUUAGGAUAUCCACAGUUAGGUAGACCGUAUGUUUGUAAUUGGAUAGCUGGAGACACUUAUUGCGGUAAACGAUUUGGAACAUCAGAAGAAUUAUUACAACAUCUACGUACGCACACAAGCGGAUCCGAUGCCGCGACGAGCGCAUCUGCAGCAUCAUCUUUACUUAAUCCGCAUGCACUGUUAUCGUCGGCAGCUUUGCACAGAGCGGGUUAUCCAAAUCCACCCUUAAGCCCACUCUCCGCCGCCCGAUACCAUCCAUAUGCGAAACCAACGUUACCGUCUUCUCUUGGAGCUUCACCAUAUAGUGCUUUCAAUCCAACGUUAGGUCCCUAUUAUUCACCGUACUCCAUGUAUGGCCAACGCAUAGGAGCCGCGGUGCAUCCGUAGUAUUAAGGAAAUGUUUCUUUGUUGUAAAUGAUACAGAUUUUAAAACGCUGUGUCGAUUCUUCUGCUGUGAUAAAUAAACAUGUAAAUAUUUUCAUGCUAUAAAGUGCAAUCUAAAUGCGAGAAGUUAAUUUAAGGCAAUAAAUAAAAAGAUGUAAAUUAUUUUUAUUUCUUACAGUUACACAAAAAAAGUCUUAAAAUUUGUAUAGCAAUUGUAAGUAUUAAUUAAUUAUGUUGAGUUUUCAGUAAUGCUUUAAUAAAAUGUUUGUAGAACUAA